AUGAAUAAAGAGUCAGGUGCUAAAACUUAUAAAGCAAACUAAGGAUAAAAAUCAAGAAAUUAAGCAAAAUUAUCAAGAGCAGAAAGAGAAUACAAUAGUAGGAUAGUAAUAGAACAUAAAAUAGAAAAUAAAUAGGAUAAAUAAAAUCUUCAAAAGUAUAUCAAACAUAAAAAUGGAAAAUACAUAGAGAAUAUCUAUUGA